AGCAGCGUUUGUUUUAUUUUUAAAGCAUUACAAAACUCAGCGUAAACUCGACUUCAUUUAACUUUGAAUCAGUACUUGUUUUCACAUUCUUAAACGGUUAUGUUCAAACAUCAAACAAUUUUUGUUGCAAUAAGAGUUAUAAUUAUUUGAAAUCUUUGAUGAACAAUUUCGGGAGACAAAAAAUAACCGUUUUUUUCUAAUUAAUUGCAAUUGUUCUACAUUCAGUAGUUUUUGAAGUAAACUCACUCAAAUGUCAUCUGUUAAUGACAGCAGCAGUAAAUCACAUCUCAGUUUGAAAUGGAAGGUAGCCGACAAAAUCAACCAGUUCAGACGUUUUCACAAUGCAGUAGAGUUGACCUUUGACCCCGACUCCAAACUGACCAAAUUGGCUCAAGAGUGUGCUGAUAAGACUGUAGAGGACAAUUGUAUGAAACAUUAUGCAGUUCGGGACUUCGGCCAAAACAUAUUUGCCAUGUCACGCAGAUUCAACUUCGACGCCAGUCAUGGCGUGACCUUCUGGUACAAUGAAGUGGACAACUAUGACCCCCACUCUCCCGGAUGGCAGGAGGGGUGUGGCCACUUCACUCAACUAGUGUGGAAAUCAUCACAAGAAGUAGGCAUAGGAGUGGCGAUGGACAAUGACGUCACAUGUCUCGUAGCAAACUUCUACCCCAAGGGCAAUGUGUAUGGGGGCUUUGAGGAGAAUGUUGAGAAGGACCCGAAUUUGCAUCGCAGUGUGUCGUUAGACGAAGACUAGUCGACCUGUUCGAUCUCUUUAAGAACCCCUCUUUGAUACCUUGGUAACGAAAUGCCACACCUAUAAAGAACCAAUUCAACGGUAACCAUAUGUGACUUUUGCAAUUGGAGGGACAAUUAAAGAGAUCUGAACUAUUUGGCAACAAACUUUAUGAAUACAAUCUUGGACUUACUAACUUCCCGCACCGGAGUUCCAUGGAUAAUAAUCGAUUAUAUUGAAUUUUCGUGGUCUGUCUUAAUAAAUUUCGAUAAUAAUCGAUUAUAAUCGAUUAAGAGGGGUUAUAAUGAAACUAUUUUUCUAAUCAAUAAAAUCCGAAUACAAUGUUUCAUAAAAUGUUUAAUUUCAGAAUGAAAUUUAUAUUUUUUUGUCUCUA